AUGCUGAAAUAAUAAGAUUAAUAGCAGGAUGGAUUUGUUAGUUUUAUGUUAGAAAAGGAAGAUUCUUAUGUAAUGAAUCACAGUGAGACUCCUAUUAAAAAUAACAAAGAUGAGGACUAUUAUAAACAAUUAAGUAGGUAAUUUUAUGGUCAGAAAAGUGAAGCGAAAUUGGCACCAAAGAUCGAUCCUGCAGUGUUAAAAUAUAAAAUUGUAUCUCGUACUUUUAUCACCAAUUCAGAGAGAUAGAAACCUGCAAUCUCAGUUCCUACUAUCAGUGAAUAAUUGUAAUAGUAGAUCUAGAAACUCUUAUCGUCAAGCAAACCUCAAUUCUAAAGUAGCAUCUAAAGUACUUAAAAGAAAAGCAUUCAUUCUACAUAAAAAAUAAAUAAAAUUAAAAAUUUGUAUAUGUAAUAAUAGCCACCAAAAUUUAAUAUUCCUAUUCCAAUCAAAAAAAUGAAUAUUCUUGAACCUCGAACUUAUCGAUUAAGAAUUGAAGAAUCGGCAGAUCAAUUUAAUCAAAUUACUCUAAAUUCAUAUAGAAGCACAUUAAACAGCAGCACCAAAAGUAUUGCAAAAUAAGAUAAAAUUUCAGAUAAUUGUUAUCCUAUCAAAUUGUAAACCUAAUUACGAGAAGAUAACUCAAAUAAUGUAUUUAAAAUAUCAUUUCGAAAUAAAUAUUGA